CUUCGCAUACACUCGACCCGCUCGUCGCAUUUGUCGUUAAAGGAUACGCAAAGAAACACACAAAAAAAAACAAAAGGGAAAGGGAAACGAUACAAAAGAGAAAAACCAUGUCUGACAGUCAGUAUCAGGAUAAGGCAAGUGGGCCAUCAUCGCCCCCAUCGCCAGUGGCACCGGUAACCGAGGAGCAAGAGGCGCCAAGCAGCAGCAAUAGCAGCAACAGCACCAGCAAUGGUCAUGCCCUAACAGCUGCAGCUGGUCAGGAGACCAAUGGAUCAGGAGCAGGAGCAGAAGUCGGGGCAGAUGCCGGAAACGCCGGAAGUGAAGCUGCAGAUGGAGCCAUUGCUCAAUUGUCCCUGGAUCAGGCAGAGGUAGGCAGAUAUCAAGACCGGGAUAGGGACAGGGAUUCGCAUGGCGACAGAUCGACACACAAGGAUGAAUUUGGAACACAGCGGGUCUAUAAGAAAACCUCACCGAAUUGUGUGCUCACAUUAUACUUGCCGGCACGUGAAGUGACUCUAACUGGCAAUAAUCCAUCCAUAUUGCGCGGCAUUAUCUAUGUGGAUCCGAAGGCCAUUCAAGGAUAUCGUGUCUAUGCCCAGCUUACGUUGACAUUUCGAUACGGUCGCGAGGAUGAGGAAGUGAUGGGUCUACGUUUCUGCAAUGAGGCCAUUAUGUCGCUGCAUCAAAUUUGGCCACGCAUAGAAGAGCCCAAUCCGGAGUCUCUUAGUCCAUUGCAGGAGGCUUUGCUUAAGCGUCUGGGAGAUGGAGCACAUCCGUUCACCUUAACAUUGACCGCCCAUGCACCGCCCAGUGUUCAAUUGGUCCCAGCCAAGCGUUAUUACGGAGCACCAAUUGGUACCAGUUACGAUGUGCGUUGCUUCAUUGCGGAUAAAACAGAUGAAAAGUUCCAUAGGCGCGCCUCUGUUAAAAUGGGAGUCCGUGUCAUUUAUCGAACCGAUGUCUUUCAUCAGCAUUCGGCACCAGAGAAUUUUGCGGCAUUCGCUGGACAACAGCAACAGCAACAGCAACAUCAACAACAUCAACACAAUGCAACAGCAUCCCCAUCAGGGCCAGCGAGUGCAACACCUCCAGCUAGCAGCGAUGCCAAUGUCCAUGGCCAAUGUGAGCAACCAUCUGCAACGGCAACCAAAAGCGGCAAGCCCGGGAAAUCAGAGCGCGGCGAUUCAUUUCCCAAGCUACGUCUAUCGCCAAAAUCUUUUCGUUUCAGUGGUCGUUUUGGCCGCAGCAAAAGUGAAAUUGAAAAAUGUCCAAAUGAUCCAUUUCAUAGCUACAGCAAAUCCUUUCAAGAGCAUUGUGACAGCAUGUUGUUGCCACACAGCGGUGCUGGGGUCAGCGGUGGAAUCGGUGGCAUCAGCGUCGGUCCUUGCGGUGGUCCGCAAGGUUCUGUCGAUAAGCCAUUCCUUCUCCAGGAUGGCCGUGUCGGCUUGAGGGCCAGCUUGGACAAGGGCUGGUAUACCCAUGGCGAGGAUAUCAAUGUUACGAUCAACAUACGCAACGAUAGUCGCAAGACAGUGCGCAAAGUUCGGGUCUGCGCCAUUCAGCAUGUCGAUGUCUGCAUGUUCAACAAUGGUAAGUUCAAGAAUGUUGUGGCCGAUUCGGAUAGUGUUUCGCCAGCAGUUGAUCGCACUGUGGCACCGGGAGCCACACUUAAUACCAUGGUGGUGCUGCGUCCGCAACGUGGGCCGACCAAAAACUGGAUUGCAUUGGAGGAUACAUUGCAGCGCAGCACCGAGCCGGAUGAGAUAACUGGAGCGAUAGCUGCUUCGGCAUUGCGUUCACCGAAUUUUGUAAUGCAAACGGCCCAAUUGCUGGCCGGUGCUCAUUGUCCGUUGGCAAGUCCAGCAAUGUCAUUGCCCACGGCACAGCAACUACACCAGCACCAGCAGCAGCACCAGCACCAGCACCAGCACCAGCCAACAGAUGGGUCAAAGAACAGUGAGGGAACGGGUGGUGGUGGUGGUGGUGGUGGGUCCGUACCUGGAUCGACAGGAAAAUCGGCCGAUGAGCGAAAUGUUUUUGCCAUCUAUGUAUCGUACUAUGUCAAGGUGAAGUUGACUCUGAGCAGCAUGGGCGGUGAAUUGGCAUUGAAAUUGCCCUUUGUCUUGGUCCAUGUGGAUGAAACUCAACGACCCGGCUAUGCCUCGGCCACAUUGGGUGAAUUGCGCAUGGAAAUGGAAAAAAUGGCACUGCAAGAUGUUCCACCGGGACGUCGUAAUGGUAAACGUAAUGCAGCAACAAUGGCUGACAUUGGCGAUGGACCCUCCACCAGUGCAGCAGCAGCAGCCGCAGCAGCUGCAGCGGCAGCAUCAGCAACAACAUCAACAGCAACGGCAACAUCAACAUCACAUGCCUUGGCAGUUGGCACUCAAUUAGAUCGAAUCGAGUCCGUGGAUGAUGAAUUCAAUAUAUCGGUUCCCAUCCCAGCUAAUGCCCAAAGGAAUGGGGGACUACACAAGCGUCGAUUGCAGCGCAGUGAAACAUUGGCCAGAGAUUUCGAAGAGCACGAAGCCGAGCAGCAGCAGCAACAACAUGUGGUCCAGGUGCAUUUGGAGCAGCCGCAGCAGCAGCAGCAGCAGGAUAACGAGUUGGAGGAGCAGGAGAAACCCGAGACGGAAAGUCAACAAACGGCUUCUUCAACCGGAGCCGUACCAAAAUUAUCCAAUGUGUGA